AUCCACUUUUGCAGAUAAUGGUUUGGCUAUUUUAAUUUUUAUUUGGAAUAUUAAAAAAAUAAUGGAGAAAAUGAAAAGAAAUAUUUUUAUUGACAGAAGCAAUAAACACAUGGCUGAUGCAUUUCCUCUGAAAUGGAGAAAAGGAUAAUCUAUAUCUUCAAGUUUAUAAGAACUUUUCCAGACCAAGAUUUAAGAAUAUACUUUUCAUUAUUUAUGAAUUAACUUUCUUUCUUUUCUAUCAAGUUGAAAUCGUAGAUGGGAUAUUAAAACCAAAGUUCAAAUAACCUUCUUCUUUUUUAAUGGCUAACCAAACACCCAAAUCCAGUCCUGCAACAGCAAAUGAUCCGGCCAAGGUGGCGGAGCGUGAGGAAACGAAAGAUGAUGAAAUAGAACUGACGUGGAGAGAAGAAGAACCCGCACAUUACAUAUUAGAAAUCCAAUCGCUUACCUUUCUUUGGGAAAUCCUUUCAAGACCUCAAGUCCGCGGAUAUGAAUCAUCUGCAUUUGAAGCUAGUGACCACAAAUGGAGUUUGAUAUUGAACCCGGAAUUCGAAAAUGGAGAUGUCUAUCUCUCUCUUUACUUACGAAAUAUGGACAUUCAACAUCUUGGCUCUAAUAGGAAGAUUGAUGCUCUUAUAAAUUUUUUUGUAUAUCAUCAUGGAAUGAAUCGAUACAUCACCAUUCAAGAUGGGAAAGUGAAACGAUUCAGUGCAGAAAAGGAAAAAAGUGGGUUUUCUCGACUAAUGCUUCUCUCUAAAUUCAUCGAUUGGCUGAAUCCCCAAGAAAACACCUGCAAAUUUGGAGUUGAGGUUUUUGUUGUAAAAACUGGAUCCCUUAAUCAUGAGGUUGGCCAAAACCCAGAAAAGGAAAAAGGGGAAUGUUGUUCCAUCCUUGACCACCUUGAAAAAAACCGUGUUACUUGGCUCAUCCACAACUUCUCCAACUCAUCUGAACCUCGCUCCUUCAAGUUUAAUAUUGGGGAUUAUGUAUGGGAAUUACAACUUUAUCCCAUAGGUGUUCCGGAGGUGAAGAGAAAAUAUUUAUCCAUUUACCUUCACCUACAAGACUCGGAGUUUGAAAGUGGAGACAAAUUGCAUGUGCAAUGGAGACUGCAAAUUAAGUCAAACGGUCCAAGCAAUCCCAGAAAAGGUGAAUCUGAAUACGAUCCAACAAAACCCAGAACAGGUGAUGCAUGGUUUAGCAGGUCUCAGAGUUGUUGGGGGUUCCCAUACUUCAUGAAGUUGGCAGAUCUAAAACAGACGCCUGGCCUAAUUGAUAAUGAUGCUUUUACUGUUGAAGCGGAAUUUAAUUUCAUUUACGUUAUCCAAGAUCUUGCCUGAACCACACGCCGCCAAUUUACACUAACUUGUUCCAUCCAAACAUCAUCAUAAAAUUACUCACUGUAUUUAUUUCUUAAUUUGCAGAUUGUGGUCUUGAAUAGAACUAAAAAAUAAUAUUUAAAUUGCAUAAACACGUUAUGUUUGCAUUGUGAAUUUAAUGAUAGUAAAAUAGUGGACCUAGAUGUAAAUUAUGUAUUCAAUCACAUGAGCAACAGAAUUUGAAAUCGCAAAAUUACAAUCAUAAUUUAAUAUUGUGGUUGUAAUCUCCGAGUAAAAGACAUUGAAUAAUUACACAGUUGUGAAAGAGCUAAACAUGCAAUAAACCCCACCAAGGCCGAUUAAAAUAAUUUACUAAAUUUCUCGAAAAAGGUUGUUCGUCCAUCAACGGACAAUGCCUGUCUGUAAAAAAACUAAUACAAAGCCCCAUUGAUGGGAGAGUAUCGAUCAGUGAUUGAUAGCAUUUAUUUGCGUCACACAUUUUACAAUUGUCGGGAAUCUAGAAAUGGUUGGAGGCUCCGGGCCAAUGCAUUUAUUGCUUAAUCAGGUUUCUAAUAACAUAUGGAAGUA